AUGGGUACCUUUGAGUGCUACUUGGGGGAUACGGUAUUGCUGAAGGCUGAUGGCUCUAACGAAGCCUGGGUUGGCAUAAUAUGCGAAUUCCAGACCGACGAGGAGGGCGAAAAGGCAGCAUACUUUAUGUGGUUUUCGUCCUCCCAGGAGAUCCGCAACCCGAAAAAGAAGAGGACCGACUUUCUCGAGAACGAGCUGUACAUUACCCCUGCCUUCGAUGUCAACUCCCUAGCCACCCUCAAUGGCAAAGCUUACAUCCUGUCCGAGGCUGCAUUCAUGGCCAAGUACCCGACUGGCAAGGUGCCGCGCAAGUCGAGCGAGUUUGGCAAGGUGUUUAUCUGCCGCAGGGGAUGCAACACACGAACGGGCACAUACACGGACGAGUUUGUCUGGGAAGAUAUCUACCGCGGGCGAGAUGAUAUGGAUAGUCUGCAGGAGAUGGUGCUCAAAAACACCAAAGCCACCCGCAAGCGAAGACAAGCAAAGGACGAACCAACCGACCAGGACUACAAGCACGAGGCAGACGACGGCCGCGAGGGCGACUACGCCCCAGGAACACCGCGCACCCCGAAGAGAGCCCGCACCCGCGACGCUGUCACCCCCAGCAGCAAGCGCAAGCCCGGCAGCAAGCCCGCGACCCCCUCCUCACACCGGCGCAUCCUCGUCAAAAAGCAUCUCGAAUUCACCCCGCUCGCAACCCGCGUCCUCUCUCCACACCACAUCCACGCCUCCCCCUACCAGCUCGCCCGCACCCAACUCCACGUUGCGUCGGUGCCGACUAGCCUCCCCUGCCGCGAAGCCGAAUUCAGCCUGGUCUAUUCACACCUCGAGGCGGCCAUCACCGACGGGUCCGGCACGUGCAUCUACAUCUCGGGCACGCCGGGGACGGGCAAGACGGCGACGGUGCGUGAGGUAGUCAGCCACUUGGACGCGGCAGUGCGGGCAGACGAGCUGGACGACUUCAUCUUCGUGGAGAUCAACGGGAUGAAGAUUACCGACCCGCACCAGUCCUACUCCCUCCUCUGGGAGGCGCUCAAGGGGCAGCGGGUCAGCCCGGCGCAGGCACUCGACCUGCUGGAGCGGGAGUUCAGCCACCCGUCGCCGCGGCGGGUGCCGUGCGUGGUGCUGAUGGACGAGCUCGACCAGCUGGUGACCAAGAACCAGGGCGUCAUGUACAACUUUUUCAACUGGCCCGGCCUGCGCCACAGCCGCCUCAUCGUCCUCGCCGUCGCCAACACCAUGGACCUGCCCGAGCGCACCCUCAGCAACAAGAUCAGCUCCCGCCUGGGGCUCACCCGCAUCACCUUCCCCGGUUACAACCACGAGCAGUUGAUGCGCAUCGUCCAGAGCCGCCUGGAGGGAGUGCCGGGCGACAUCGUCGACGGCGACGCCGUGCAGUUCGCCGCGCGCAAGGUGGCCGCCGUGAGCGGCGACGCCAGACGGGCCCUCGACAUCUGCCGGCGGGCGGUCGAGCUAGCCGAGGCGGAUGCCAAGGGGCGUGAAGCGGACGAGACGGCGGCAGGGGCGCCGGACACCCCAAGCAAGAGAGGGCGCAAGCCCAAAACCGACGACACCCCCACCAAAAAGAAAAAAUCCGCCGCCGCCACCGCCGGACGCGUCACGAUCGAAACCGUCCGGCGCGCCAUCAGCGAGGCCACGAGCAACCCGCUGCAGCAGUACCUACGCACGCUGCCCUUCGCGUCGCGGCUGCUGCUGGCGGCGCUGCUGAUGCGCACGCAGCGCACGGGCCUUGCCGAGAGCACGUUCGGCGACGUGCUGGAGGAGAUGCAGCGCACGCUCAAGCUGGCGGGCGAGAGCAGGCCGCUGGCGCUGCUCGACCGCAAGGCCGCCGAGAUUACUAACGGCGCCGCCGCCGCUGGGGCUGGGGGGAACACGGGGGGGCUGAUGGGGCCGGUCCGGGCGAAGAAUAGCUCCCAGCUGGUGCGGCCUGCGGGGUUGAGCGCGGCUGCGGUGGAUCUUACGGGGGCGGGGAUCAUUAAUUUGGAGGCGCACAAGGCGGAACGGCCGAGUAAGAUGCGUCUGGCGGUGGGGGAUGAGGAGGUUAGGCUGGCCUUCCGGGAUGACCCGGAGAUUAAGGGGCUUGGUGUGAUGUUGUAG